CUAAAGAUAAUAAAUAUAUCACUACUACUGCAGUUUGCCUGUUAACGUCAUACUAUACAGACUGUUAUCGAGGUAGAUAUAAAAACAGAGCCACAGUUAUAAAUCGUAUCAUAAAAUAUGAGCGAUGACUCGUUACAAUAUAUACCGAUGGAGAGAUGGGAAGAACUUGAAAGAGUUUUUGAAGCGGACUGGCCUCAGAGCAUAUCCGUUCUGACGGCCUUGAAAACGCAAAGACAAAUUGCGACACUCGGCCUUGGCUACGGGUUCAAGGUGUAUUGUCCUUACGGAUUGCCGGCUAAUGGAAUGGUUGCUCUUAAUAAAAAGGACAAUUUCAAUGAAAUAAUUAUUUAUUGUGGCAUAAACAAUAUAAAGAAUUUGGAAAAUGCCUUAAUGUCAACUAAAUUAGUGGAUUGGAGAUCACCACUGACAAUACCGUUUUUACCAGAACACCUUUUCAAAAGCAUAGAGAAAGUAGCACCUAAACUAAAUGUAGAAAUUGAAAAUGACGGAGACCAUCCCCUGUACCAAGUCGUCUUGUUAGAUAAGGGAACUCCUUUAUUUGAGAAUAUUACGUAAGUAUUAUAGAUAAUUGUUUUAAGUAUAUUAAGUCCCUAAUAAGCGUAGCAACACUUUCAAUAACUAACACUGAGUAGCUCGGUGGCGUAGUGGAUAAGCGCCGCGGCCCGCUAUCGUAGUCGUUAAGCAACUUUCGCAAGGGUCGGUCACAGGAUGGGUGACCAAAAAAAAAUUGCCUCGAGCUACUCCGUGCUUCGGAAGGCACGGUAAGCCGUUGGUCCCGGCUGCAUUUGCAGUCGUUAAUACCCUCCAAUCCGCAUUGGGCCAGCGUGGAGGGUCAUGGCCCAUCUCCUUAACCAUCCAUAAGGAAGGCCUGAGCCCCUGCAGUGGGGACGUAAAAGGGCUGGUGAUGAUGAUGAACUAACACUCGGAUCUAUAGCCGAGAGAAAUAAUUAGUUGAAAAAAAUAUCAUAACUUAGAUAAAUUAAUAAACAGUUCUUAGAUCAUUCAAAUUCUCGUCUAAUAAAGAGAUGUUAAUGAAAUGUCAAAGAAAUGUUAACAUUUCUUACUUCGUUUAAAUUCUUAUUUGGUUAAAAUAUCUACUUAAAUUAUGACAAGGUCAUUAUUUCAGUCUUUCACAACAUAUCACCUUCAAACUGUUAACGGAAGAAUACAUAGACGCAGUGGAUAGUGUAUGGCCAAAUCGUUACGACGGAUCUAAAUGGUUGUUUCAACUGUUGGUCAGAGCUAAGUUUGGAUAUGGUCUGUUCCAACACGACACAUUACUAUCAUGUGUCUUCAUCAACGAAGUGGGAUCGAUCACGCACAUGUACACGUUUGAAGACUACAGGAAUAGAGGCUACGGAAAAACGUUGUUAAAACUGGUUUGCAACGA